CGACUGCGCCCGCUCCCGCCAGUCGUCCACACAAAUAGCACCAGGUUCCAAGCCUCGAGCGCUCACAUCUCGGCAUUUCUGACUUUCUCGAGGGCAAUAUGGCACAAAAGAGAUCUGAGAUAUUGCCACAAGAUUGAGUCGCUGGGACCUCGAAGAUCUGAGGACGGUGAGACAAAAAGCGCCAGGUCUUAGUUGGGUACAAAGCAGGCGCAUUGCACGGAAAAGCGUCUCGAGAGGUGGGAGGGCGUCUGACUGUGGCAUCCCGCGCUAUACGGAUGCCGUCGCUGCGCGCCUGGAUGGAGACAGUGACAAGAAGCUGGCACGGCCUGAACUCAUUGCUCGACGGCAGUUUCAUCCAAGUCAUCCCAGUGGCGAGCCACGCUCGGAACGACUGGAUCUUCCAGGCUAUUCAAACCGAGAGGAGAGAGAUGCGUUGGGAACCGCCAUCCAUAUACGACCCAGCCCUCAGUCCGAGCACACCGACGUGUCUCCAACAGCGGGCAGCAAGCUUUCAUGCAGUACUGCCGGGUAAGAUAUGAGCCCGGAGUCGAUCCAAAUGGAAAGGAGAUUCAUGGCAGGCCAGUUUACAAGCGUUCAGCGGAUUCCAUCUCUCCAAAAGUCCUUUCCAUACGUCUCCAGGCGAAGAUGGUACGCAAAAACGCCGUUUGGAACUGUACACCACGAACAGGAACAGCUUCUGCGCCUUCGUCCCCAGUAAAAUACUUGUGUGUGUAUGCUAUGCUGAAGCUCCCACAAGUGCUGCAGUCAAGACCGCGGAAACCAAAUUGCAGUGUACGCCGAAUUCUCACUGCCGCCAGAAUGGAGGCGUUGCGAAGAAGAACAGGGGGCUUAUUGCAAGUACUCCCAACCAGACCCAAUGACUGGUUCUUCUCGCCUUCGAUCAAGUACAGCCGCAGUCUUCACCCAGCUCGGAGAGAGAGAGGCCAAUACUCAGGAAUCAGCCCAUCUCCAUCUUGAAAUGCUUCGAAAGGUCGACGUCGCUGGGCUUCGCUUUGCACGUGAUGAAUGUGCCUAGGCUGGGGAUUCCUCGCCGAGCAUUAAUUGUAGCAUCUCUUGGGACCACCACGACAUGCCGCGUCCUCGUCCCACAACAAUUCAAGGCCGCAGAGAGCAAUUCAACGCAGGUCAAAAGUGCGUGCAAACAGCAGCGAGAAGAAGAUUCCCGUAAAGGUUUGUUGGGACAGCGCAGAAAGAAAGAGAAAGAGAGAGAAAAGAAAGAAAGGAACCUAGAAAGGAAGUGGAGGUAUAACUUAGUAAGAUAUGACUAAACCACAAGGAUCCUGACCUCUACCUUACCUCCUAUACCACGGCAUUCUACUCACUCACAUCUCCUAUUCUCAUUCUACUAGUGCGGUGCCUGCAUACUACACAGCUACAAGUCACUCGCG